UCAAAACAAGAGAGUUUGUCAGUUGUCAGUUUUUCUAUUGAUUUUUGAAUGAUUUCGUGGUAUUAUGGAUUGAUAAUCCAAUAACUAGCCCCUGUCUAGUCCGUUGGCAUUUAGAAGUCAGUUCAAUAUGGAGCUGAUAUCAUUCGAUUUAAGUUUGGAGGCUUUAAUUGGAUCACUGUUCGCUUUGGGAGCACUUUUUGCAUUUUGCCGUAGCUUGUUGUUAGAAGAUGUAAUAUGCAUUCCUGGCAAAAGUAAACAUGGUUGGAAGUCGAUUAAGAUCCUAGAUAGAGCAUCUUACUGCAACGUUUGUGAAAUAUUAUUGACUCCUUCUGCUGGAGUCUUCUGUGAUUGCUGUGGCAUUUGCUCGCAUGCCUCACGUCCAUGUACACGUAAAGCUGAUAAGCUCUUUAAGUGCAAGGAGAAAUGGAUACAUAAUGAGAGUGCCAUGCGCCAUCUGUGGGUAAAAGGCAAUCUGCCUUUAAGUGCUGUAUGCGAUGAAUGUGGUGAGGAUGUGGAAGAUGUAGGAUUAAGCGGUUGGCGUUGCGCCUGGUGCCAACGAUGUUAUCACACUAACUGUUAUAAAAAGAUUGAUGUUCGUGGCGAAUGUGAUCUAGGGGAAUUUAGUGACAUGAUUUUUCCACCAUAUACAAUUGUGGCCGCCAGGACACGCGAAUCAAUGCGCCUCCAUUUAGCAGGAAUUAAACCACCUUGUAUUGAAAAUUGGGAACCUUUAAUUGUGAUUGCCAACACCAAAUCUGGAAGCAGCACAGGAGCAGAUGUUGUGUCGCUAUUAAGAGGUUAUUUGCAUCCAUUGCAAGUUAUGGAGCUGGGAUCCCGCGGGCCUCAAGAUGCUAUGCAGUGGGCUGCAAAAGCAAGUCCAAGACCUUGCCGCAUUCUGGUUGCAGGGGGAGAUGGUACAAUUGGUUGGGUGCUAAAUACCAUGUACACGCUGAACAUAAAGCCUAUGCCUUCCAUAGCCAUAAUGCCGUUGGGUACUGGCAAUGAUUUGUCACGAGUUUUGGGGUGGGGAGCAGAACCGCCAUCGACUCUUGAUCCUCUAGAAAUAUUAAGAAAUAUUAAGAAAGCCCGAUCUAUAAAUCUGGAUCGUUUUUCGUUGCAAAUUGAAAAAGUUCACUACCGUCUACCCAUACAAAGGCAUCCCAUGAAAACUAUAAAUGUUUACAACUACUUUAGCAUGGGAGUUGAUGCUUUGGUUACUUAUAAUUUCCACAAAACUCGUGAAUCUAGAUUUUAUGUUCUAAGUAGUCGAAUUUUUAAUAAGUUAAUUUACUUUGGUUUUGGCACCCAACAAAUAGUUCAACGUGAUUGCGAGGGUUUGGAAAAGAAAAUCGAAUUAUAUUUGGAUAAUCGUUUGGUUCGACUACCAGAGCUACAAUCUAUUGUUUUUCUCAACAUUGAUUCCUGGGGAGCCGGCUGUAAAUUGUGUGAGUUAAGCAACAAUGAUGAUGAAUCUCCAAAAUUGGUUAAUUCGAUCUCAGAUGGUGCAAUGGAAAUCUUUGGAAUUGUCUCUUCAUUUCACAUAGCCCAGUUGCAGUGCGGCAUUAGCAAACCCAUAAGAAUAGGUCAAGCAAAAAACAUAAGGCUUGUUAUUAAAACCACUUGUCCAAUGCAAGCUGAUGGCGAGCCUUGGAUGCAAGCGCCAGCUGAGCUACAUAUUUCAUCGCGAGGACAAGUUCGUAUGCUGAAAAUGGAAUCUUGAAACGAUGGUGUUGUUUACAAGCAUUUGAUACAUCCACCCAUAUAAAAAAAUAGAUCAAAUCGCCUUUACUUUCGAUUGUGGUCUCUUUUUUUGAUACUAUUAGUCAUUUCUGCGUUGUCACUCUACUCAUUUUAUAUAUUAUCGUAAUUUUUUCUUUAAAAACGUGGUACAGGUUGUGUGUACUUAAAUAUUUUUAUUUAUAUUAUUUCCAGAAAUUGUUAGCAUUUAUUUGUUUUCUAUGUGUCUACUCAAAAAAGACUACUGUUAUAUAAUUUAUUGAAUCUCUUUUAUACAUUUACAGACAGACCACUCACUUCAUAGUAUUAAUAUAAGAUUAAAAUACUCAUUGAAUUAACCUUUAAAAAAGGGACGAUCCGAAAGUGUUAAAACAAGACUUGAAAGAAUUUCAUAGUUAUUUUGAAUCUCUUUGGCUCAUCCCAUCGAUAGUAAUCUCAAAUGCAUGCAUCACAAGUCAUUUAUUUACUCUAUCAUUAGUUGAAAAUAUUUAAAUGCGAACUUUUUGAAUUUGUAGUUAGGAACGAUUAUUGAUGUAUAAACAAAUAUUAAAUGUAAAAAAAACAUAUCUGUGUGUAUGCAAGACAAGUAUUUUUGUGUUUUCUUUUAGGUAGAGAUAAGGCUCAAUGUACAAUUUGUUAUUCGCAUUAAAAUAAAUUACGUAUGGCUAGCCGCAAGUUAAACUACAA